CUUCAGCCCACCUGAAAGCAACAAAACCAAUCGCCCUGCCACAAUAGGGAAUCACUGAACUACUGUUGCAUUGGUAAUCGGCAAUUCCGCUCUUCAAGAUGGCAUUUCGAAGUUUUCCUGCAAAGAUAAUCACGUCGUCCGUGUGUGCGGCUCUCGUGGUUGGAGGCACUUAUGGAUACUUCGUGCACAGGCGCAUACGAACGACUGAUCCAAAGAAAAUCACGACUUUCGAUACCAUCCCCGACUCUUUACAGCAGUCUUUGUCUGUCACCGAAAUUGUCAAUGCGAAACGACACCACCAGAUGGCAGACUCCCGCUUUAUCACGAUUGAAAUCCCACCAGAACAUCAAAACAUGACGGACGAGGUCCUGUUGGCAAGAUUCACAAAGGGCUUUUUUGGCGGCCUUGUCAUCGCUCCUGAGAGAAUCGCCCUGCAGAUAUUCCGGCCUAGGUUUCUCAACUUCUCAAAGAUAAAGACUCCAGAGAAUAUUCCUAAAAUAUGGUACAAGAAUCAGCUCUCAGAGGACCAAUUGCCUCCUCUGUAUUGUGAACUAUUCGGAGUAUUCCAGGUCAUCGACACGCGAAUGGACCCGAAGAGUGGUGACAAAGACAAGCUAGACCGCACCGAGAGUUAUGUCGAUUUCGGCUUUUGCAGCGAUCAGUCUCAAUUUGCUGGAGUUCACCGAUUUUCAAUUGUGCGGUCGAAUGAGUCGUCCACUGCUGGCCAAACUGUUCAAAUCCACUUACAGAGUAUGACUUGCAAUCCAACCGUCAAUAAGCCCUUCUCAUUGGGCUUUUUGUUCCCAUUGCACCUGGCUUAUGCCGAGUUCUUGUUUAGGGAGGGUGUCUCACAAGUAACUGGGUCACUGGGCAAUGAAUAAUGUGUAAAACAAUUGUUUCCGAGAGGCUGUACGAUAGACUUGUAUUACUCGGAGUAUGGGGUUUAAAAUAGAGACAAAAGGGACAAUACCACUUCUUACUGAUUCAGCAAUACCGGGAUCCCUUGCUGCUUGGCUUAGGCCUAUACACCCUCGUACCAGCAUAGAUCCGCAACGAACAAGGCAUCAUUUUGGUGUUUAAUUUUCAAUUUAUUAAA